AUGGAGUACAAUUUACUGUUCUUAUUGUUAAUUUUAGGGAACGUUAGGCUUACAUUUAACGAAUACAAAGCGCUGUGUGAGGGGAUAACCGAAGGAAAUGUAGGAGCGGUUAAGGACUUCUUGUCCGAGCGUCCAGACGCAGUGGACGCAUGGAUAAACCCAUACGAGACACCAUUGCUAAAAGCUUGCGCAUGUGGAAACCCCGAGGUUGUUAAAGCGCUUCUGCUUCAUAUGACUCCUGAACAAAUGCUUCCCAAGUUGAGCUCGGACAUGCCUUUUUACCACACUCCUCUCACUGUCGUUGCCGCCAGUGGAAACAUGGAGAUCGCUGAGGCAUUGAUCGAGAAGAACCCUAACCUGCUCGUAACUCCAGGCAUCCGUGAGAGUAUUCCUGUAGUGGUUGCGGUUGAGAAGAUGCAGAAAGAGAUGGUGUCGUAUCUUUACAACAGAACUCCGGUUCAGGUUUUUGUUGAUCGAGAUGGGUAUCAUGGCUCCGAGCUCUUUGUCAAGGCCAUUUAUUACAAAUGGAUCAACAUCGCGCUGGAUCUGUUUGGCAAAUGCAAAGAUCUAGCUUUUACACAACACCCGAAGGUGAAAUGGAAUCCCAUCACCUUAAUGGCUUCGAAUCCGGAUUUCUAUAUCGGUGGUUGCCACUUUCUUGGAACAUUCAAACGCUUCAUCUACUCUUGUCCGUACUAUUCCGAGACUAUUCUUCAUUACAACGAUCCAUCUUGUUCUUGUACAUUGAUUUCUCAUUCGUAUAAAUCCUUCCUUCCGUAUUUAAUGCUAGGGAUACGAGUAGAGCUACCGAUGCUUCAGGAGCGGUCUCAUAUUAAAAGGGGUCACAAUAAACUGUCGGGGAAGCUGCUUAAAUGUCUCUUAAAAUGGACUGGAAUAGAUGACGUGUACAAAUGGAAGAUGAGGCAUCUGCAAGUCAAGGAGCUUCUAAGAAGAAUAUCUGAAGAAACACUGACCAUGGAGUUGACCGAACGGUCGAUGGCAUUGGACGAUGCUUUAUGGUGUGCAGUAAGAUAUGGAAACGUGGAAUUUCUGGUCGAGAUGGUCACGAACAACUCCGAGCUUCUAUGGUCCUCCUAUAAGGGUUCCGGAGUUUUCUUGUUUUUUUUUGCAAUUCAGUACAGACAGAAGGAGGUUUUAAACUUCCUGUAUGGUCUGAAACAAAGACAUUUGAUGCUGACUGAAGUUAACUGGAAAGGACAUGGGUUUCUUCAUUUGGCUAGCUACAUAGCUCCUCAUGAGAGGCUUGUCACUAUUGCCGGAGCAGUUUUGCAGAUGCAAAGCGAGUUAAAAUGGUUCCUCGAAAUAAAGAGAAUUGCACCACCUGUGUUAGAGAAGGAUGGAUCAAACCUUUUAGUAGAUGAACCAUCUGAAUUAUUCCGAAAGGAGCACGAAGAACUGCGAAAAGAAGCCGAGAAGUCGAUGAAAGAUAUGGCUGGAUCGUGUAGCGUAGUCGCUGCUCUCAUCCUCACCGUAACCUUCGCGGCGAUAUUCACUGUUCCAGGCGGAACCGAUGAUAACUCACGCGGGAGACCGUUUCAUCUAAAAGACCAGCGUUUUGUGAUCUUUAUAGUAUCCGACAUAAUCUCUUGCUUCACCUCUUGCACCUCCGUCCUCAUCUUCCUCGGAAUCCUCACAUCAAGAUACAAUUUCUACGACUUUUUGGUCUCGCUUCCGACCAAGAUGAUUGCCCGCUUGUCAUUAUUGUUCAUCUCCAUUACCGCAAUGUUGACGGCGUUUUGGUCAGCGCUCUUCACCACGCUUAAUCAGAAGUCGUGGAUCAUCGCUCCGGUGAUCCUGGUCGCUAGUUUCCCCGCUAUACUGUUUGUUAAGCUUCAGUAUCCUCUCCUCAAGGACAUGAUCGUUUCAACAUACGGCAAAGGGGUCUUGAACAGAAACAUUUCUCCAACUGAUAAUAGGUCAGCUGGUUUUCGGGCAAGAACCUUCAUCCUCAAGGUCCUGAGUUCGACAAGAAACAAAUUAUUUUCUUGUGGAAAGAACUAAGGGGCGUUCGUUUGAUUGAUCUCUCUGACGCACAUCUUGGUGCAGUUAUCUGUUGUUGUUUUUUUUUUUUUCUUGAAUUAAUAAAUGCGUCAACACCC